CUACUGCAUAUAUACCAUUCUGCAGUUCGACAUCGACGCUCCGCGGCAGAAUAUACAUCAGUCCCGUGAAAUGAAUGUCAGCUGGGACAGAGUGCACAAUGCGACCGAAAACAUGUACAGUGAAAAGCAGAUGGAUAAGGUAAAUUACGCUUGUGCCUGGGUGUAUGUCGGUCUGUUGAUCCUGUGCACGGUGGGCAAUGGGCUGAACCUGGCAGUGCUACUGCGCAGUAUCCACACGUGGAGAGCUUCCGCGUGCCAUUAUAUGAUCACCAUCGCUAUCACCGAUCUGGGCGCUCUGUGGUUGGCGCUGCCUUUCUUCCUGCACAUGCUCAGCCAAGGACGGGUUGAAUAUGCACCAUCGAUUGAGUUCGGGAUUGUGCCCUGGCUGGAUGACGUCAGCAUGUGGCUGUCCGAUUGGUUGGUUUUCAUUAUGGUGUUAGUGGCAUUUUCUUGGGAACGUCUCCUAGUGAUCAUCAGUCCCUUUCGUUUCCAAUGGCUACAGAGAGUCUCUGUGGCGCGGAUAAACAUCCUCAUUCUCCUCGUCUUGUCGCUGGCUAUGAACAUGUUUAAUUUUGUGGUCAACUAUGAAGGUCCGCAUUAUCACUUGAUCGGCGCACGGUAUGGCGCCGAUGCGACAAGCGGUGAAUCUAUGAAAUGGUUCCGGCAGUGGCAUGUACUCCACGAAAAAGCCAAAAUUAUAGUGCGGCUGAUGACCUUCCUGUUAAUUCUUAUUCCCAGCUGCACGCUGAUUCUCUUUCUGGCAGUUCACCGUCGCUCCCUUGUCGCCAAAAUGCGCGUGGCCCAAACCGCAGGCAACAACGAACGGAAAACGAAGGCCGGCAUCAACAUGAACAGCGCCGCUUCACAGAAAACCUUUAACAUUAUCCUGCUCAGCAGCGCCAUCCUAUAUUUGAUUACCCGCGCACCCAACACUUUCCAGAUGUGCGCAGUCGCCGGAAACAGUUCCAUCGGUCUGUAUAAUCUCGACACUUCCGUGACGAAUAUGGCUGACAACUUUAUCAACCUGAUGAUGCUGGUGGGGUAUGCCAUGACGUUCUACGUGUACCUCCUCAUCGAACGGCAAUAUCGACACCGUUUUAUGGCGCUUGUCGUACGCCCAAUAUUGUCCUGCUGCAAGCUAACGCUACAUAAUCGAAAGGAUAAUCACGUCCAAGGUGCGAACUCUACGAUAACAAACUCCACAAUGGUUGUCUAAUGUCGCUUUUCCUUCUUUCGGGUUUUUUGAAGUUUGAGCACUCCUCGUUUUGUUUGGAAUAUUCAUGGGAAAACCAGUAUUUCUGCUGCAGAAAUUGUUGACGCUGUCCAUCUGCAUUUAAAUUCUGUACCUACUCUAGAAAUUGGGCUUAUUUUAUUUUGUUUAUCUGAAAUAGAUUUUUCACUACAUAAACUGUUGUCUGUAAGUAAAUGCAUUG